AUGGUGGGCCCCACCGCCUCCGACGUGCCCCCGACCAUGGGCGUCAAGAUCUUCUCCGCCGGAGUGGCAGCCUGCUUGGCGGAUGUGAUCACCUUCCCGCUGGACACCGCCAAAGUCCGGCUACAGAUCCAAGGCGAAUGCCAGGUCUCCAGCGGUAUUACUUAUAAAGGUGUCCUGGGAACAAUCACCACCCUGGCGAAAACCGAGGGGCCCAUGAAACUGUACAGCGGGCUGCCUGCUGGGCUGCAGAGGCAAAUAAGCUUCGCCUCUCUCAGGAUCGGCCUCUACGAUUCGGUCCAGGAGUUCUUCACCUCAGGGAAUGAAACAACACCCAGUUUGGGAAGCAAGAUCUCAGCCGGACUAACAACUGGAGGAGUAGCGGUGUUCAUUGGGCAGCCCACGGAGGUCGUGAAGGUCAGGCUGCAAGCACAGAGCCAUCUACAUGGCCUCAAACCUCGCUACACUGGGACUUACAACGCAUACAGAAUUAUAGCGACAACAGAAAGCUUGAGGAGUCUCUGGAAAGGGACUACUCCUAAUCUGUUGAGAAACAUCAUCAUCAAUUGCACAGAGCUAGUAACAUACGACCUGAUGAAGGGGGCCCUUGUGAGAAACAAACUACUAGCAGAUGACGUCCCCUGUCACCUGCUGUCUGCUCUCAUUGCUGGAUUUUGCACCACGCUUCUGUCCUCCCCGGUGGAUGUGGUGAAGACCAGAUUUAUUAACUCUCCACCAGGGCAGUAUACCAGUGUGCCCAGCUGCGCAAUGACGAUGCUCCACAAGGAAGGGCCAACGGCGUUUUUCAAAGGAUUUGUACCUUCCUUCCUGCGACUGGGAUCCUGGAAUAUCAUUAUGUUCGUGUGCUUUGAACAGCUGAAACGAGAAUUGAUGAAGUCUAGGCAGACUGUGGACUGCGCCACAUGAUCGGCUUCCAGAAAAGCACGGAACACGUCAGAGGGAGACUUUGCUGACUGGAUCACUAAUAAAAACAACCCCUAUUUACUUUAGUUCCCCCUAAAAAGAUAAAGAAAUACUGGUAGACUGUUGGGACUUUCUUUUAAAGAAUAGGAGAGGAAAACUAAUAACUAUUUUGUGUAAUUUUAUUGUCAAUGCUAAAAAGAACAUUAAAUUCAGUUUGCACCCUGGGAAAUGCUAAUGCCCAGAUAAGUUACUACUUUGAUCAUUUGGG